AGUGGUGAGGCGGCUCUGGGGGCCGUUGUUCAGUGCGGGGGCUGAGUGAGGAGGCUCUGUGUCCGCGGCUAGCGGGUCAGCUGCAAGUCCUUGCUGUCGUCCCGGUUUUCAGGAAGAACUAAAGAUGGCUGAAUUUCUAGAUGACCAGGACACUCAACUGUGUGACAAUUGCAAAAAAGAAAUUCCUGUGUUUAAUUUUACCAUCCAUGAGAUCCACUGUCAAAGGAACAUUGGUAUGUGUCCUAUCUGCAAGGAACCAUUUCCCAAAUCUGACAUGGAGGGUCACAUGGCUACAGAACAUUGUCAGGUGACCUGCAAAUGUAAUAAGAAGUUGGAGAAGAGGCAGUUAAAGAAGCAUGAGGAGACUGAGUGUCCUCUACGGCUUGCCCUUUGCCAGCACUGUGAUUUGGAACUUUCUGUUCUCAAACUGAAGGACCAUGAAGAUUACUGUGGUGCCCGGACGGAGUUAUGUGGCAAUUGUGGGCGCAAUGUCCUGGUGAAAGAUCUGAAGACUCAUCCUGAAGUUUGUGGAAGAGAUGGGGAGGAAAAGAGAGAUGAGGUUGCCAUGCCUCCUAAUGCAUAUGAUGAGUCCUGGGGUCAAGAUGGCAUCUGGAUUGCAUCCCAGCUCCUCAGGCAAAUUGAGGCUCUGGACCCACCUGUGAGGCUACCCCGAAGACCCCUGAGAGCCUUUGAAUCAGAUCUUUUCCAUAAUAGAACUACCAACCAAAGGAACAUGACAGCCCAGUUUCCAAUUCAGAAUAAUCUAUUGGAAGAACAAGAAAGGCAGGAAAGGAAUAGAACCCGACAACCCCCAAAAGAGGGUGGUGAAGAUAGUGCAAACUUGGACUUCAUGUUGGCCCUAAGUCUGCAAAAUGAAGGGCAGGCCCGCAGUGUGGCAGAGCAGGACUUCUGGAGGGCUGUAUGUGGUGCAGACCAGUCCCUUGAAGGUUCCAAUGCUCUGAAUGACAUGAAGGGAAAAUGCACUAGUCCCAAAGAAAGCAUUUCCAAAGAAUGUAGUGUUUUCCUUAACGCCUCUUUUUUUUUUAACCUGUGUUUUUUGAGACAGACAAGCUGUAAUCCUUCCUGUGCCUUACCUUCACUCAGUAUGGGCAGUACUUCCCCCAAAGGGGUGGAGGAUCCUGAUGUCAUCUUCCAAAAGUUUUUGCAGCAGGCUACGAGUAACCAGUUAGACUCUUUGAUGGGCCUGAGUAAUUCACCCCCUGUGGAGGAUAGCAUCAUCAUCCCAUGUGAAUUCUGUGGGGUACAGCUGGAGGAGGAGGUGCUGUUCCAUCACCAGGACCAGUGUGACCAACGCCCAGCCACAGCAAACAACCAUGUGACAGAGGGGAUUCCUAGACAGGAUUUCCAGCCUCCAGAGACCUCACCAGAGCUGCCCAAGAGGCGUGUCAGACACCAGGGAGACUUGUCUUCUGGUUAUAUGGAUGAUAUCAAGCAGGAAACGGCUAAAGGGACCACCUACCCUCUUCCCCCCAGCAGACCCAUUAACAAUAUGACAGCAACUUGUAACCGACUGUCAACAUCCACAUCAGGCCCCAGAACUGGGUGCCAGCCUAGCCCUCCUCGCAUAUUGAAGCUCAACAACUUAGACAGCCAGGAUGGCCGGGCACGCAAUCGAAACAGCCAUAACGCAGCCAUGGCCACUGGACACGUUCCAGUGAUUCACCCAGUGCGAAAUCUCUACCCUGAAAACCUUGUACCCACCUUCCCCCGUGGGCCUUCAGGGAGGUACAGUGUAAGUGGUAGGAGUGAAGGUGGCAGGAACUCGCGGGUCACCUCCACAGCCACCAGCUACCGAAACAGAACUGCAAAGGCAAAACCCCCCAAGCAACAGGGAGCUGGGGAUGCAGAGGAGGAAGAGGAGGAGGAGUAAUGGUGUCACAGAGAACCUGCGCAGUUGUUCCAUCUUUUCUGCACAGCAGCACUUGCUGCGGUUCAGGCUCCACCUCUUGGGCUCUGUGGGCAGGGGAGAUUUUACAGAUUUUAACUUUUUGUAGGUUAUGGCCAUUUUGUGUCUUUUGAGAUUGUGCUGUGGGAGUUUGAGGGUUUGGGGGAGGGUUAGCAGGGAGGCUGUUGAGAAAUGUUUCAUCUUUAGCUGCUGCCUUUUGGCUGCGCAGAAAUACAAAUUAUGGCCUCUCAGCCCACCAGGGCUCCAUCUUUUGACAUACUGUUGCCACUGCUUCUUGGUGCUGUGUAGUCCUGGUGGAAAGAGGAGAGAGGGUUCUGGAAACCUGGUACUCACCAGUGAAGUGAUUCUCUUCUCUGCUGGGACCUCACUUUGGGAACUUUUAGGUACCCUCUCCUGUGUACUGUCCCUCCCCACUGUAGAAUUUGGGCCUGUGGUGUGUAUGGAGGCACUCUGGUAAAGUGUUCAGGCCAGUUGCAGUAUAUGUUAGGAACAAGGCUUUGGAGAUGAGUUGAGCUAGAGGUGAGUGCACUAGAGGCUUUGUUUAAAUCUGCUUCUUUGGCAUUUGGUGUAACUGUUUCUGGUGGGGAGCACGGCUCCUUUGUCUUUACUGUCUUCUGAUGGAGAAGGCUGGGGCCUCCCUGUUGCCGCCAGAGCCAUGCUGGGCUCUGCCUGGAUCAGGACUGAGGCCUGAGCUCCAUGGCUUGCCCUGAAAACCAAGUAUCAGAGCCCCCAUCCCCUCUUUUUAUUUUACUACUACUACUACUACUACUAGUACUACUACUACUACUAUUAUUAUUAUUAACAUACUUGUAACAGAAAUAAAGUUUGUACUUGGAGUUCA